UGAGGGCGGCGGAGCCGGGGGCGGCCAUGGGGAACAUCUCCUCCAACAUCUCCGCCUUUCAGUCCCUGCACAUCGUCAUGCUGGGCCUGGAUUCGGCCGGGAAGACCACGGUGCUUUACCGGCUGAAGUUCAACGAGUUCGUCAACACCGUGCCCACCAUCGGCUUCAACACGGAGAAGAUCCGUCUGAGCAACGGCACGGCCAAGGGCAUCAGCUGCCACUUCUGGGACGUGGGCGGCCAGGAGAAGCUGCGCCCGCUCUGGAAGUCCUACAGCCGCUGCACCGACGGCAUCAUCUACGUGGUGGACUCGGUGGACGUGGACCGGCUGGAAGAAGCCAAGACGGAGCUGCAUAAGGUGACCAAGUUCGCCGAGAACCAGGGCACGCCGCUGCUGGUCAUCGCCAACAAGCAGGACCUGCCCAAGUCGCUGCCCGUGGCCGAGAUCGAGAAGCAGCUGGCGCUGCACGAGCUGACCCCUUCCACCACCUACCACAUCCAGCCGGCCUGCGCCAUCAUCGGCGAGGGGCUGACCGAGGGCAUGGACAAGCUCUACGAGAUGAUCCUCAAGCGGAGGAAGUCCCUUAAGCAGAAGAAGAAACGGUAGAAGCCCGCAGAUGUGCGGACGGCUGGGAGAGCAAACAAAGGAACAGAGGAGGAGAGAGAACCAAAGCGAUCCUUUUUUUGUUGGUUGAUGGGUUUUUUUUUGUUGGUUUUUUUUUCUUCCCCUUUUUAUUCCGGUGUGUGUGUUUUUUUUUUUUAUUUUUUAAUUUUUUUGUCCCUUUCCGAUUGAAACGACUACAAUAGCGGUGAUAACAAUGCCACUCCUGCAAGCCAAGCCCAGAUCCUGACUGCAGGAUCUCCUCCUCCUGCUCUCCCCUUUGCCCGCCGCCCUAUCCCCGGCCAUAGGGCAGCAUGGAGCAGGGGUAGGGCACUGCUCCCAAACCCCUGAGCCCCAUGGCCGGGCUGGAGAUGCUCUGAGCGGGGCGAGACGCCGCGGGCGGCCGAGAGCCCACGGAGCUGGGGCAGCCCCCCAGCUCUCCUCCGUGCCUGGGGGUCUGACUGCUGCUGGGGGUCAAACCUAGGGGUGAACAGGGCAGGACCC